AUCAGAUCAACUUUACACUCUCCUAAUCUCCUGGGUUUUGUCACUUGCUUUGUAAAAUCAAGAGAAUGAAACAAAUUGUCUGUAACUGUGGGAACCUGUCGUUGGCAAUGCUGAUCGGCCUGUUGAUGCUGAGCACAAUGGAGAGGUUGCCAUUUGCAGAUGCUCAGUCUCCAGUUGACUGUUGUCUUUCAUAUUCAUCAAAACCUUUACCUUUGAAAGUUAUCAGAGGCUAUGUUUGGCAGUAUUCAAAUGAACUCUGCAGCAUAGAUGCUAUCAUAAUUUACACAAAGAGACGCCUAAGUAUAUGUGCAAACCCUGAAGAUAAGUGGGUGAAAAAUAUAAUCAGUGGCUUUCUGAAGAGAGAAAUAAAAAAGAAUUGAGAGACCACAUUAUCUCAAUUCCAUGGGCAUGAAGUAUCCCAUCUUUGGUAACGACGGAAAAGACUAUUGUACUUGUUUUCAAUUUGUUAUUUGCUUCAGUAUAUGAUGUAUGCACUCUUAUCACAUUCUACAAAUGUAUCCAGUGUUUGCCUCUAUUAAGCUAUUAAGUUCUGACAACACUGUGAAAUCUUAUUUCAUUAAAUGUAUUUUAUAGAUCAAUAAACAUAAAAAUUCAAUAAAAAUAAAUGACAAAAAAGAGAAAACAGUAUUUUAGACAUAUUGCUAUUGAUAUAUUCACAUUCAGGUUAAAGCUGUUCCAUUUGCUAAGAUUAAAAUAUUGCAUUAGUUGAAUCAAAUGGGUAGACAUUAGACCUUGUGAAAGCACUGUGGGUCAAAAGUCCCAUAGUGUGCUGUAUUGUUCUAGGUCUAACGUUUAUCUGAAAAUAACUUUGUUGAUGCUGCAGCAAUGCUGUUAGAAUUUAUCGGUGCCAUUUUCUUGAUCUCUAAUAAUAAUAAAGAUUUUUUCCCAUCAGCUUUUUAGGAAUUUGUUCGGUAUGUCCAGGAAGGAUUCCUGACACAGUACGUACACAGGCCAAGUAGAGCAGAAGUUAUACUAAAUCUGGGGCUAGGCAGGUCAAGUCAGGUGUCAGGUCGUUUGGUGGGUAGUGACCAUAAAACCCUGACCUUCCAUAGUUUUGGUAAGAGAUAGAAACAGACAGUAUAGGAAAGUAUUUAAUUGUGUGAAUUAUAUUGCGAUUAGGCAGGAACUUGGGAGCAUAAACUGGGAAUGGAUGUACUCAGGGAAAUUCACAAUGGAAAUACAGAAACUGCUUAGGGAACGUUUGCAUGAGUUCAGGGUAUGUAUAUCCCACAGAGCCAGGGAAAGGAUGGUGGGGUGAAGGAACCACGGUUGACAGGAGAUGCAGAUCAUCUAGUUAAGACGAAAAGAGAACCAUACAGAAGGUGUAAUGAUCGAACAAAGCUUGUGAGGGUUACAAGUCGAACACCCUGCUAAAGGUUUCACUGCUCAUGUUGUAGGGUGUUUCAUGUAAUGAUCUUCCUGUAGAAGCAAUGUUUGUUAGAGAUAACGAGUGCUGAGGAAUGUGAGCCAUCCAAUCAGGAGAGAAGGCUGGAGAAGCAGGCUUUUUUUGUGCCUGACACCGGAGUGAGCUUUUGGUCUUUUGUUCGGAGGGAGAUGAAGACAGAAGACGCUGAAGAGACCCGGUCAUAGGGUUCAAUCCAGCGGGGACCAUGAUUCAAUGGAGCAAGGUGUGGGAGUCUACUGAGGAUCAGUGAAUAUGACUUUUGGAAGAUUUGAGCUCCAACCUGUGCACAUUUGACUGUUUAAUUAUAAUGGGUCCUUUUUGAUUUUUUUUCUUUUCUUUGCUAACUCUUUAGUUUAGUUAAUAUUCAUAAAUAUAC